CAAAAUCAACAUAUAUGGUAGUCGAUUGUGGUGGAGAAUCUUCAGGUGCUCUCUGCGGUAGCACUUUUGUGGAUCAAAGAUUUGUUAGUUUCGUUAAAACCUUAAUUGGGGAUACAGCGAUGGAAUUGCUGAAAGUAAAUCAUCCUUCUCAAUAUCACUUUAUGAUACAAGAAUUUUGCUCAAAUGUUAAAAUUCCAUUUACCGGUGAAAAGGCUAGUUACAAACCUUAUCAAUUUAGUAUAUUAAGAAGAACGAGUGAUGAAUUUGUGUAUCAAGCUACGGGGGUAGAGAGGUUACACACUAUAUCCGACAAAUGGUCGUUUAAAUUAGAAUUUGAUACCGUUCUUUCAUUCUUUGAUCCAGUUAUAGACGAGAUUAUUGAGUUAAUUGAAGCUCAAUUAAGUAGCGUUGUGGAUCUUUCUGCUAUAUUUUUAGUUGGAGGAUUUAGUGAAUCUUUAUAUCUUCAAAAAAGAAUCAAACGAGCUAUUAAGGGUAGAGUGGAUAAUUUUAUAGUUCCAAUUUCUCCUGAAUUAUCAAUCCUUAACGGUGCAUGCAAAUAUGGGCUUAAUAUGAAUGUUGUACAAUCGCGAAUAUUAAAAUGGACGUACGGUGUAAAAAACCACCGUGAUUGGAAACAAGGUGACCCGCCAUCACGUAAUACGCGAGGGUUAAUAUACGUAUUUCAAUCAAUAGCAACGAAAGGUGAUGAAGUAUUUAUGGAACAAAAAUUUAGGCAUAAAAUAUUCUCAAUACCUGGCCAAGAUAUUAUGGAUAUUGAAAUCUACUGUACGAAAAAAAAUGGUGCAGUAUAUUGUGACGAACCUGAAAUGGUAUAUUUAGGCGAAGUUAACGUUCAAUUAUUCGAUAAUUCCUUGGGCAUCCCUCUAUGUAUUUCAAUGCAUUUUGGUCAAAUGGAGUUGAUUGCUACCGUUACAAAUGAGGAAAAUGGGUAUAUGUAUAAGAAAGCUUUUCAAUUUUAUGUCGAGUUUUUCCCAUAUUAUAUAUGA